AUGACGGAUGAGGAAAACCUCACUGCUUUGUCCGGCUUCAUCCUCUUGGGUUUCUCCGAUGCCCCAGAGCACCAAACCACCCUAUUCACCAUUUUCUUAUCCCUGUAUAUUUUAAUGCUGCUGGGGAACCUGACGAUGAUCCUGGUCAUCAACACCGACCCCCAGCUCCACACCCCCAUGUAUUUCUUCCUGACCCACUUAUCUUUCAUAGAUUUUUGCCUUUCCAGCACUAUCGUCCCAAAGGCUCUGGAGACCUUCCUGAUGGGCCGAAGCCACAUCACUUUUUGGGGUUGUUUUGCCCAGAUGUAUUUUUUCUUUGCUCUGGCCAUCUGUGAGUGCUUUGUGCUGGGGGUGAUGGCUUACGACCGAUACAUGGCUGUGUGCAAGCCUCUGCUUUAUGCCACCACCAUGAACAGGGCUCGUUCCUAUGGCAUGAUGGCGUUGGUGUACAUCAUGGGCUUCCUCAGCUCUCUGCUCCACACCGGCCUGGCGGGGACAUUGUCCUUCUGCCGGGCCAGGAGCAUCAACCACUUCUUCUGCGACCUACCUGCCCUCCUGAAGCUCUCGUGCUCCAGCACCCGCGUAAAUGAGAUCCUGCAGGUUUCUGAUGCUGGGCUUAACACCUUGGGCUCUGCCCUGCUGGUCCUGGUGUCCUACGCCUACAUCCUCCACACCAUCCUGCAGAUCCCUUUGGCCAGGGGGAGGCCUAAAGCUUUCUCCACCUGCGCCUCCCACCUGGUUGCCAUCACCAUCUUCUACAUGCCGGGGACUCUGGCCUACGUCCAGCCUCGCAAGGCGAGAUCGCAGGAUCAGGCAAAGCUGGUUUCAGUGUGUUACACCAUCCUGAUCCCCGCCCUCAACCCCUUCAUCUACAGCCUGAGGAACAAGGAGGUGAAGGGGGCCCUGAGGAAGCUGUGGGUGCGAAAGCUGGUGCCACAUCUACCCAGGCUUUGA